GUUUUUUGUGAGGGACCGGUCCUGCGGGGAGCUGAGAGAGCAGCACCAUGGCGGAUAAAGCGCAGAUUCAAGAAGCCAUUAAAGUUCAGGGGGAGGUGGUGAGGAAACUGAAGAGCGAUAAAGCGAGUAAAGAUCAGUGAUAGGGUUGCUCACCACUUUUCUCCUGUUCUUCCUGCUUGUUGCUGCGGAUACUGCCUCCAUACCUGGGCUCAUCAUCUUCAUCACCUUCAUCGUCUUCAUCAUCUUCCGCUGAAUUGAUGUUGGAACUGCUGCUGUGAUUUUGCUGUUGGACUGCCGGCUCAUUCCCCUGGACUGGGAUUGGAAUUGGGCCUCUGCUGUGUGCACUGACUUUUUGGGGCCUCCUGAUAUGUGGACUGUGCUGCUGUGUUCCUGAACUGUGUGCUGUGUGUUUGUGGACUGAAACAUGGCUUCUCUGGGGCUGGCAUGUGUGCGUCUCUGUGCUGGACUGACUGGACGACAUGCUGUACCGUGCCUCCGCUCUCUGCGCUACCUCUCUGGAAUGACUGUGUCUCAGAUUGACGAGGAAGUUGCCAAACUGCUACAGCUGAAGGCACAGCUCGGAGGAGACGAUGGCAAACACACAUUUGUUCUCAAAACUGCCAAGGGGACCAGAGACUACAACCCUAAACAGAUGGCCAUCAGAGAGAAGGUCUUCAACACCAUCAUCAGCUGCUUUAAACGCCAUGGUGCUGAAACCAUCGACACCCCAGUCUUUGAGCUCAAGGAAACUCUGACGGGGAAGUAUGGCGAGGACUCCAAACUCAUCUAUGAUCUCAAGGACCAGGGAGGAGAGCUGCUAUCUUUAAGAUACGACUUAACUGUGCCCUUCGCCCGUUACCUGGCCAUGAACAAAAUCACAAACAUCAAGCGCUACCACAUCGCUAAAGUGUACCGCAGAGACAACCCUGCCAUGACUCGGGGCCGCUACAGGGAGUUUUACCAGUGUGAUUUCGACAUUGCAGGUCAGUACGACCCGAUGAUCCCGGAUGCAGAGUGUUUGAAAAUCGUUUACGAGAUCCUCAGUGAACUGGACCUGGGAGACUUCCACAUUAAGGUGAAUGACAGACGUAUCCUGGAUGGGAUGUUUGCAGUGUGUGGAGUUCCAGAUGACAAGUUCCGCACCAUCUGUUCAACUGUGGACAAAUUGGACAAGAUGCCGUGGGAGGAAGUGAAGAAUGAGAUGGUGAAGGAGAAAGGCCUGUCUGAGGAAGCGGCGGAUCAGAUUGGAGAGUACGUCAGCAUGCAGGGUGGGAUGGACCUGGCGGAGAGGCUGCUCCAGGACCCCAAGCUUUCCCAGAGCAAGCAGGCGUGCGCCGGACUCACGGACAUGAAGCAGCUCUUUAGCUACCUGCAGCUCUUCCAGGUCACAGACAAGGUGGUGUUUGACCUGAGUCUGGCGCGUGGGUUAGAUUACUACACUGGUGUGAUCUACGAGGCCGUGCUGUGCCAGACGCUUCAGCCUCCGACCCCAGCUCCCGCAGAGCAGAACGGGGCAGUGUCCGGAGACGAGGCGGGGGUCAGCGUGGGCAGUGUGGCCGGCGGAGGCCGUUAUGAUGGUUUAGUGGGCAUGUUUGACCCUAAGGGCAGGAAAGUGCCCUGUGUGGGGGUCAGCAUCGGCAUCGAGAGAAUCUUCUCCAUCAUGGAGCAGAAGGCUGAGCUGUCUGCAGAGAAAGUGCGCACCACAGAAACACAGGUCCUGGUAGCCUCAGCACAGAAGAACCUUCUGGAAGAAAGACUCAAACUAACCGCUGAGCUUUGGAACGCAGGAAUUAAGGCUGAAGUGUUGUAUAAGAAGAACCCAAAGCUGCUGACUCAGCUGCAGCACUGUGAGGAGACGGGUAUCCCUCUGGUGGCAAUUUUGGGGGAGCAGGAGCUCAAAGAUGGAGUCGUCAAACUGCGCAAUGUGGCCACCCGAGAUGAGGUGGAUGUGUCGAGGGCAGAGCUGGUUGAAGAGAUCAAGAAAAGGACAUCAGAGUCUUAGAUCUGUCUAUUCUUCAGUAACUUCUCCGAAUUCAACAUUUUCAGACUUUCUCAUUGCUUACAAGAGCCAGACAUGGUAUAACCUAGCCUUCGUUCCAUUCUGUUACCUGCGUGUACCAAAAUAAACUUAAAUUAAACACAUCAAAUAAACGUGCUGUCCCUUCA